GGCCGCCAAACACCGGGGAGGUCCUCGAGUCAGCCUCUGGGGCCUCAGUUUCUUUAUCUGCACAAUGGGUGACGGCCAGGACUGCCAAGGCCCCCUCCGGCUGGAAGAGUUCUCUUCUGGGACGCAGAUCUGCGCCUCCGAGAUCCUCUAAGCCCGCUCCCCUCGGUCCCCAUCCCCCCCGCUGGCUUUUCCGGUUUCCUCGCCCCUCGGAGCUCGCCCGGGGGGUCCCAGAGGAAGCUGCGCGCUUCGCCGCCACCCCGGCGCGCGCGCUGCCCGGUUGGGGCCCCGGCUGCGGGCGCACAAAGCCCCCGGCGCUGACGUCAGGGCCCCCUCUCGGCGCGGCCGGCCCCCAGUGCAGGCGGAGCCGCGCCGCGCUCCCACCCCGGCCGGGAGUGAUCACCAGCCGCCAGCCCCGCAGCCCCGCAGCCCCACGCCGCCCGCCCGCGCACGUGCCCGCCGGACCUGCAAACUUGUGCCGCCGGCUGUGUCCGUCCCCCGGGAGCCCCAGCGCCCGCAGCCCGCGCCUCCCGCCCAUCUCCAGCCAUGGUGAACAGCAGAGCUGAAAUGGAAAUUGGCAGGUACCACUGGAUGUACCCAGGCUCAAAGAACCACCAGUACCGUCCUGUGCCAACCCUGGGGGACAGGGCUAACCCCUUGAGCAGUCCAGGCUGCUUUGAAUGCUGCAUCAAGUGUCUGGGCGGAGUCCCCUACGCCUCCCUGGUGGCCACCAUCCUCUGCUUCUCGGGUGUCGCCCUGUUCUGCGGCUGUGGGCAUGUGGCUCUGGCAGGCACCGUGGCGAUCCUGGAGCAGCACUUCUCCACCAACACCAGCGACCAUGCCCUGCUGAGUGAGGUAAUUCAGCUGAUGCAGUAUGUCAUCUACGGAAUUGCAUCCUUUUUCUUCUUGUAUGGGAUCAUUCUGCUGGCAGAAGGCUUCUACACCACGAGUGCAGUGAAAGAACUGCAUGGGGAGUUUAAAACAACCGCCUGUGGCCGGUGCAUCAGUGGGAUGUUCGUCUUCCUCACCUAUGUGUUGGGAGUGGCCUGGCUGGGUGUGUUUGGUUUCUCGGCAGUGCCAGUGUUUAUGUUCUACAACAUAUGGUCCACCUGUGAAGUCAUCAAGUCCCCCCAAACCAACGGGACAGCAGGAGUGGAGCAGAUCUGUGUGGACAUCCGGCAAUAUGGAAUCAUCCCUUGGAAUGCUUUCCCAGGAAGAAUAUGUGGCUCGGCCCUGGAAAACAUCUGCAACACCAACGAGUUCUACAUGUCCUAUCACCUGUUCAUCGUGGCCUGUGCCGGAGCUGGCGCCACCGUCAUUGCCCUGAUCCACUUCCUCAUGAUACUGUCUUCUAACUGGGCUUACUUAAAGGAUGCAAGCAAAAUGCAGGCUUACCAGGAUAUCAAAGCAAAGGAAGAACAGGAACUGCAAGAUAUCCAGUCUCGGUCAAAAGAACAACUCAAUUCUUACACAUAAAUGUUUGCCAGAGGGUCUCAGCCAACGAAUUUACAGCUCUGACAAAUCAUCAGACAGCUGCUCUGCAGUACAGAUGUGUACCCCACCAAACAAACUCACGUAGAAGUCCAAACACUUCACUGUCUGUCUCAAGCUGCUGGGAUGUAUUUCUAGGAAAACCUUCCAGUAGGUAACUCUUUUUCUUUACAACAGAUAUUGGAGGUUUCAUGGGAGCCAUUUUAAAAGGCAACACUUCAACAAAAUGAAUAUUUAUCCUUUUGAAAUUUGUGGCAUGUUCACAAUCCUACCAAGACAGGCUGUGAGAACACGAUACCCCUUGAUAAGGACCAUGCCAUAACAGCAUCAGGCGGUAUGACCACACAUUCACUUCUACCAUCUGUCCUCAAACACAUCUAAAUAGGAACUAAAAUGGAAUUGAUGUGACAUUCUAUUUCUGACAGCUGACAUGUAUGAAAAAUUGUGGCUCAAAGAUAAAGUGAUUCUUAGAGUUGACCCUUGUAAGAAAAAUAUUAGCUGACCUCCUCACCCCUCUUAAGUCCAGGACAUACUAAUUUCCUGGUCCAAUCUUCUUUUUCUCAAGAAUGCUAAAAUGAGCCCACUAAAAUAGUUCUGCAUUACCUACCAUGGAUGAAGCUAGAUUCAGACUGACAAGCUAUCCAAAAUCAAAUUUGUAAUAGAUUUCUUUUAAAUAAAUGUCAGCUUUGCCUUAAUGAGUAUUUGUUUUCAAUUUCUAAGAACUUACAAUAGGUAACCCCAAAUCCUUCAAAGAAUUUUGUUCCACAAAUGUUUUUAAUGAAGAAGUGUUACCUUAUUAAAGUGACCACCACUCAAAACCAUUUUUAUGUGGUCUAAAUAGCAAGUUUACAGUUUCAUACCAACUACCCAAAACCUAAUUACCAACAGACCACAGACCUCCUACUUUUAUAGACUUGAAUAUUGAAUUAAUUUCAAUUAGGUUUGAUAUUUAUUUCAUGUUUUCUUAUCUAAAGUUUCCUGGAAUAAAGUUCAAUGUUCAGGAAAAUAAAAAAAAAACAAACCCAAAUGCUUGAGUUUAAGCCAUCUUCAAAAGAAACUUGCCUUCUAAAUCAUUGUGUUUCAGAACAUUAAGUGACUAUAGGUAUUGGGUAUUAGUGAUGGUAAACUUUGUGUUGUUCUUUAUGAAAUGAUACAUAUAACUGUUGGGUGCAUCAGUGCUUUUAAAGGGGGCUGCAUAAUAUAAUAGGGUUAACUAUGUAUAUUCAUGUUAAGAAUUAACUUGUGGUUUGGCUGUUUCCUGGAUUUUAAACAUAUCCACGUGCAGAAAUGUGUUAAAAUGAAAGGAAGCAUACCUUUAUCAGAUGCUUUUAAAAUUGAACAGCAAGUAUAAUAUUUCAUUUGGAUUCUUUUUGUUGGUGUUGUUGUUAAUGCCUAAAAAUGCCUAUUUGGAUCUUGACUAUUUUUUCUUUUUCUAAAUCGGGAGACGAUCUCUUCUGUGUAGAACAGUUGUUCCAGAAUAGCUUGGUGUUUUGUUUUCCUGUUGCAUGACAGACCUAAAUAUUUUUUCCAGCAGUGGAGGUGCUGUUUGAGUCCAGUGUUCUAGAAGAGGCAGUGUCUAAAGCCUAAUUUUACUUUUCUAAUUCUGGUAGCUCUUACCAGGAAUUUUUGAAAGUUUUGUUUAAGUAGUCUAAUAUUUUUUAUGUAAAGAGCAUUAAAUUUUGCUAUGUAUAAAUUUUUGUAACCUAACAGUGAAUCAAUAUUUUCUAUCAGUGCCAAGGGCUUCCUGUAGUUCUAUUCAAGUGUUACAAUAAAUAUUUGUAGAUAAUAGUCAA